UACCUAGCUCAGUAAGGAUGGUGCCCAAACCCCGUAUACCGGUCACAGUCAACGACUUUCUCGUCCUGCCAUUGCUGCUUCCUCCAACGCCUGCUUAUCACGCACACACGGCCACUCACUACCUCUACAUGCGCCCGAAUGCGCCCAAAGUGCCUUCGGAUUCCACACCACGCGAGCUCUUCCUCGUCAAUCUCCCCACUGACACCACAGAGCCACACCUGAGACAUCUUUUUGCCUCGCAACUCGGCGGGGCGAGAGUCGAAAGUGUCGCGUUCGAAGGCGCACGAGUGGGGAAGAGCAUUUCUGCGCCUGUCGCGCCUGUUCAGCAAGGAAAGAAGCGAAAGCGGGGAGCCGAAGCAUUCCAAGAGGGCGGUGAUCUGCCAGAGACAUGGAGCCGGAAUGUGCUACGCAGUGGCAGUUCGGCGGUCGUGACGUUUGUGGACCAGGACUCGGCCAAAUUGGCGUUGAAGGAGGUCAAGCGGGCAAUCAAGUCGCGAGCAGAAAUUACUUGGGGAGAAGGCCUGCGAGAUCUACCAGAUCUGGGGAGCGCACGAUACAAGUCACACCACGAGCUGCGAUUCCCUGAUCGUGCUGUACUGCAGCAGAGUGUGGAUAUCUUCAUGGCGAACUAUUCGGCGCAAGAGGAAGCGAGAGCGAAGCUCAGGGCGAAGUUGAGGAGUGAACCUGACGAGGAUGGAUUCAUCACUGUGACGAGAGGUGGGAGACAAGGACCGGGAAGAGCAGAGGAAGCCAAGGCGAAGGAAGAAGAGUUUAAGAAGAGGGAGAAGUCGAGAAUCAAGGAGGACUUCUACCGCUUCCAGACGAGGGAGAAGCGAAAAGAGGAGCAGAUGGGGCUGGUGCACCAAUUCGAGGAAGAUCGCAGGAGAGUGGAGGAGAUGCGGAAGAGGAGGGGGAAGAUGAGGCCGGAGUAAUCUUCUCUACUCAAAAUAGUUACUACUUUUCGCUCUGACAUGGAAGUUCGCUGGUGUCGGACUUGGUGACCUCGUGGUUCUCCUGUUGAACCAACAUCGUCUCUCAAUCGUCUGCGCUGGCUUAGAAGGUCCUACACCCAAAGAUCUGAGGCUAAU